AUGGCACACAAGGAUGUCGUUGUACAUGAAGAGGAAGAUCUCAGAGCUGCAAUGCAGAAACUUCCGAUCCCUUUCAAGGAACUCGAACAAAGCUCCAUAGAUUCGGAUUACGAUGGAAUAAGAAAAAUCAUAGAAGAUCCAAAUUUAUUAUUUGAGGAUUCUCGAGAGCUUCAAGAACAUCCUACCGACAACAUAACUAGAUUCUCCUCAAAUUCAUCGAGAGUACCGUCUCGUGCACCAAAACGACAGAGAAAUAGACAAGCAAGACGAAAAAGAAAGGGUUUCGAAAGUGGGGCUCGUGACUUUGAUGAUUCUGAAGUUAACAUUACAUGCAAAAGUUGUUUACAUUGCGGGACUAGAAACACACCCUUGUGGCGGGAAGGUCCAAAAGGUGCGGGAACGCUCUGUAAUGCGUGCGGGAUGCGAUACAGGAAGGGUCAGCUACUUCCCGAAUACCGCCCGGCAUCAAGUCCCGGUUUCAAACCUAAUGUUCACUCUAAUUUUCAUCGGAGGGUUAUGGAAAUCAGAAGCAAGAGGAACUCCCCUCCUCCCAAUAGCUUCGGGUUUUGAGGAUUUAUAUCAGAGUAGUACUAGUAAAUUAGGGUUUAGUCUGUUUUCAACAGGUUUAGGGGCUUUACAGGGGAGGAUACUUUUAGGUUCCAUUUUAACAUUAUUCAGUUUAUUCUUUUCUAAAACAGGUAUAUUUUUUACUUUUCUCUUCUAAAUGUGUUCUACAUCUAAGAUUUGAACUAUCAUUAUAGCACCAGAUGGGAGUAAGAUUUAAGUUUGAAGAACGAUAUUUGUUUUAUGCUUA